ACUUACAAUAUUAAUAUAUUUGUUAUAAACAGAUUUCUGAACUGAUAAAAUUGUGUAUCUCCUGUGAUGAUGAAAUCAUGCACACUGUAGUGUAUAGAUGGAUGAUAGAUAAAAAAUUAAUAAAAGAAAUAAUUGAAAUGGGAAAUCAUAGUUUGGAAAAGUUUUUAUUGACUCAGUCCCGGUCUGAUGAAAACAAUAACUAUAUCAAAGAUGUACUCUGUAGAUAUUAUGAGUAUAAUGGAAAUUAUAAUGAGGCAGCUGAAGUUCUGGCAUCAUUGGCUAAAAGACCAGAGAGUGGAUUAACUUUAAGCGAUCGUCUUAUGUAUUUGGGCCGAGCUAUGGCAUGUUUACGCAGUAAAAAGUUGAGUACACCAGCCUUGAAUGUUACCAGUCUCAGAGAUGUUGAAGACUUGUUACAAGUAGCUGAAAUACAGAAAAUGGUAUUGGAUUUAUUGUUGUCUAGUCAAAUUGAUGGAAGAACUGAUAUUAUUGAUAAGCUAAAUAGCUGUCUGUUUACAUUAGGCGAACUUUACAGUAAUUUUGCAGAACCGCAUAGUCUAUGGGAAGCUCAGCUGGCAAUAUUACAACUUUCCAAUCACGAUGAUCGUGAACUAGUCAAUCAGAUUUGGGAAAAUAUUUUACUAAAAGUUGUGGAAGAUUGUGGAGAUAUUGGUGAACACAAUAAAAUGACCAUUGCUCUCGAAAAAAUAAAGUCAUUGGCUAGUUCGCAUCCAAUUAAUUCAUCUACAUUUGACUUGGAGUAUGUAACGACAAUGUUAGAAUAUUUGAACUGUAACUUGGGUGGAGAUUUGGAAUCUGUGUACACAACUAUGUUAACUAUUGGUGCUCCUAUGGAGUCUUUAGUAGCAAUUUAUAAAAAAAUUUAUUCUACUAAUGAUCCACGGUGGCAAAAGACAAGUGAGCUGCAUGUAUUGGAAGUUAUCAUGAGUUUGGCCCGGUAUUAUUUACAAAAUGUUGAUCUAUGGCCAUCAGGAAUGCAAAGGAGAUCUAUUGCUGUUAACUUAUUCGAUUUGUUAGUAAUUUGUCAAAACAUGUUGUAUAGCCGUUUUGCACAUAGUCCACUAAUCGAAGGUGUCAUCGCAAUCAAAAAUGAACUUGACAACAUCAUUAAAAACUGACUUAGCAACAAACUUGAUUUUUAAACAUUUUUCAUGAGUCAAUUAUUAAUAUAUCGUAAAUUCUGUAUUUAUUUCAAAAGUUCAAUGUAAUAUUUGUAUGUAUUUUAAGCAGUUUACUUCAAGGCUAUCAUUAAUUAAUACUUUUGUUAAUUAUGUUGUAUUUUAUGAUUUCAUGUUAUAUCAACAGUUUGAUUGUUUCAGAGUUAACUUGAUAUUUUAUCGAAACUGUCUGUACAAUAACAAUUAUUAUGUUGAAAGAUACCAAGUUAGUGUUAUUAUAAUUGUAAUAUUAAACGAGAUUCCCUAUAAAUAAUACAACUGAAGGAACAUAUCAAUAGACAUUUGUAUAAAGAAUACAAUUAGGGGAAUUUAUGAAUUACUUUUUUUUAUGUGCUUAUAUAAUAUCUUUUAUAUUUUAUCAAUAAUGUUUACAUAUUAAAGUUUCAUUUAAGAAAAA